AUGUCCCACGUAUGGUCGGCGAGGUGGACACGCGCCAGAAGACUGCCAUGUAAUCGAACCAGGGCGGUUUCCUUCUCUCUGAUUAAUCUCGUGUACACGAAGGGUCCUCCGAGAACCACGUUGGUGUCUCUAGCAGCCGGCGUGCGAAGGGUACUGGCCGCAGCAGACCUUGAAGCACCACUGAUAACAAUUCUUGAUAGCGCAGGUUGGCGUGUUGCAAGUGGACAUGCAGCCGUUGAAGUCGGUAUAUCGCUUUUCAAGACCUUCCUCGUUGCUCACGGGGUUGGCCACGGCAAGGCCGGCAAAGGCAGCAACAAGAACAGUGUUGUCGUUGAAAUAGAUGCCUUGGAAGUAGGUGUCUUGGAAGCAGAUGUCUGGAUUGAUACAUUGAACUACGAACGGCAUCUUGAAGACUAUUUAUACCUGACCACCAUGAGAGCCGGCGCAUCGACUCCCGUCAGCUACGGCAAAAGUCGUCCGGUUUUUGCCUGCUCGCCCGACGACUCCAUCUUCGGGCUGUCGGUAGAUGGAGGCAGAGUCACGAGCUUAUUCAGGAGCCUAAUAAUCGCCUUUCAUCUCUCCACGCCUGCGGGUAUCGUGCAUCCGGUGAAAGGCAUUUCGCCUGCGUCUGCGAUGUUUCGCAUGCGAACCACAGUCCAGACUUGCUCUCUCACUAUCACAAUGUCGAGGGCCGACAAGAGGCAGACUGUGGCGGCACAGCUCGGGCUAAGCCAAGUUAUAGAAUAUGACGAGUCUGAUAGCAGGAAUAUCACUGUCGCUUUUCUUCCACCACAAUUCCCCCACCAAUACAGUGUUGCAAAUGCCGAAGCUCGCUUGCAGGAAACGGCCGUAAUCCAAGGGGGGCUGGCUACAGCGGCAUUAAUAUGCACGCCUGAAACGCAUUCGGGGCCUGUUACAAGACUGGAAACAAGGCUGGCAGUCCGGGAGCUGAAUAACUACAGACUCUGGCGGUCUAUCGCCAAGGGCUGCCCCCUUACAGGCUACCUCGGUACCUUAGUACCUGGCACAGGUGGUAGUCGCACAGCGGCCAGUGUGCCCACUUUCUUAUUCAAGGCCCCUAGGUGCUGUCGCCUCUGCAUUUCAGCAUGCCCACCUUGGUUGAGAUCUAGAAAUGAUGCCUGCCAGUUGAUGGCUAUCGUUGAUUUUGGAUCAGUCACUCCAGCUGACCGCACCCGUUUGUACACACGACACGCCCGACAGAGGCAGAGCCCAUCACAACAAAUCAUCCGACCUCCAGCCUCCGGCGAACACGCACUCCUAACUGGUCAUCAUCUUUCUGAGCCUAGCCUUGGCUUCGCCUCGUCUAGCUCGCCCAGUCUCCCCUUCUACCACAGGAGACGACGAACAUCUCAGCGGAUGCGGGCUACCCAAGCUCGCCGACGCCCAACGCUCCGAGUAGCGCCAGACACUUACCCAGGGUUAGUCGGCAAGCUACAAACAAUGGGCUCAAGGCAUCUCGACUCGGACCGCGCUCGGUCGCCCGAUGAGCCUCUCAGCGAGGCCGCGCACGAGAGCGGCCUCCACAUCUUAGAGCCAGAGCCAGAGCAGGAGCUCGAAACGAUACGGGAGGACUCUCCUCUGCUCGCAGCCAGCGACGCUGGGGGGGACGCUGCCGGCUCUACUGGCAGGAGGCAGGUCGCUGACCCCAGCCAGGCCACCAAGAGUGUGUGGUAUCUGACCCUAUUGACGCUCGCCAUUGGCGGUUUACAAAUCGCUUGGUCUGUCGAGCUCUCAAAUGGCUCGCCCUAUCUGCUCUCGCUCGGUUUGAGCAAGUCCCUUAUGGCCCUCGUCUGGAUCGCCGGCCCUCUCACGGGCACUCUCGUCCAGCCUUACAUUGGCAUCCUCAGCGACAACUGCCGCAUCUCAUGGGGUAAACGCAAGCCUUUCAUGGUCGGCAGCACAAUCGGCACCAUACUCUCGCUCUUGUUUCUCUCGUGGGUCAAGGAGAUUGUGGGCGGUGCCCUGUCGCUUUUCGGUAUCCAAAACGAUUCACAUUUUGCCAAGACAACCAUCAUCAUUGCUGCCGUCAUCGGCAUCUACGCUCUUGAUAUUGCAAUCAAUGCCCUUCAGGCGUCCAUUCGCGCCUUCAUCGUAGACUGCGGUCCAGCUCAUCAACAAGAAGCUGCCAACGCCAUGGCAAGCCGGCUCAUCGGUGUCGGUAACAUCCUUGGCUUCAUCGCCGGUUAUGUCAACCUGACCAAACAACUUUGGUUCCUUGGUCAUACUCAGUUUCAGAUUCUCUGUGCUUUUGCCUGCAUAUCCUUGACAAUCACCGUCGUCAUAAGCUGCGUCUUCGUCCAGGAGCGGGACCCGCGCGCGAAUGGCGCAGCGACACCCAAAAAUCCAGGUGUUUUUGCCUUUUUUGCCAAGCUCUUCAAAUCUAUCAAGCGACUGCCUCCCCAAAUCAAGCGCGUUUGCCAGGUGCAAUUCUGCGGCUGGGUUGGGUUCUUCCCUCUGCUCUUCUACUCGUCGUCGUAUAUUGGCGAGAUAUACGUUCAGCCGCACCUCGAAAAGAACCCUCACCUGACGCCGGGACAACUUGAUGAGCUGUAUGAGCAGGCUACUCGCAUUGGGUCUUUUGCGCUUCUCGUGAAUUCGAUAGUGAGUCUGCUCACAAAUGUGCUGUUGCCAUUCUUUAUUGCACCUACAUACGACAACCAAGCGGCGCUCGGCCAACCUGUGCCUGCGUAUCACGAGCGAUAUAAUCAGAAACGCACCAUGCUCGAUCGCCUGCAUAUUCCGGGCUUCACACUGAAUCGGGCUUGGUUCGGAUCGUUGGUCCUCUUUGCCGGAGCUAUGCUGUGCACGUUGGUUGUACGAUCCGUGGAAGCUGCCACUGCGUUGAUCGGCAUUGCUGGCAUUACAUGGGCCAUGACCUUGUGGGCUCCUUAUGCCAUUAUCAGUGCUGAGAUUAGCCGCCGCGAUGUGCUGCAGCGCGCUCAGAAGCAGCAGCUGGCGCGGGAGCCAGCUGAGCUUGCGCCUCUGGAGAGGCUGCCGAGCGGAGAAAUAGUCGCGGUCGUGGAAGGUGAUGAAGAGCAGGAUGAAGCAGGUGUCAUAAUGGGCAUACACAAUAUGGCCAUUGCGGCGCCCCAAAUCCUCGCUAACGUGGGAUCGAGCAUCAUUUUCAAAAUUUGGCAGAAACCACGCGGCACGCCGGGCGACAACAGCCUUGCGUUUGUGCUAGCCAUCGGCGGUCUGUUCGUUUUGGCAUCGGCUUUCUAUGUGAGGGACCUAGACGAGAAGGGACCAUCUCCAAGAAGCGUUGGAGAGGACGAAGAGCAUGCCGUGCUUCCGAGCGCAGUCGCAUAUGAUAUGUACAUGGUUGCCGACAACCAUUUAAGCGGCGACCUUGUUGCCGGCCGUGAUGAAGAGGGUGAUGAUGGCACUGAUGCCAGCGAACCAGGUAAGACUGCGGACGGGGGCGGUCUUGCGGUUGCCGCCGAGCUGCACGUAAACAAAGAUGAAGGCGAAGCGGCUAAGGACGUAGCCAAUGGUCAGGCGGUUCAGGAGGGUGAUGUCGACUCCGGCCGUGUUAGCGGCGACAACGGCGGCGGCGUACAGGCCGAUGGUCUCGAAGCCGUUGUCGGAAGCGGCCUUGGCGCGGGCGACGCGCAGCUUGGUCUAGACAGGUCCCUCGGCUCAGAGGCCUGUUGGCGUAAUUAUCCGGGGAGAGGAAAUCCAGAGCGCACUUCGUGGUGCGACAACGGAGCUAUGUGCAUGCGCUCCGGAGCUCCAGGAGGCCGCGAGCUGAUCGAGCCAAAAGGGAUGGAUGGCUGGCUUAUGACGACGAAGCUCCCCACACAACCUUGGUCGUUCCCGAUGACUGAUGAGAUCGCUCCGGUCCUCCGUCUCCCCCGCCAACCCGAUGAUGAGAGCGGCGCACCUGGUGGACGGGGCCCGGCCAUUGGAGCAUUCCCGGUCAGGUACCAAUUCGACAUGAUUGAUUUUUCUGGCAUCUUCUCAGCAUGGAACAUGGGGAAAGGGGGCGAGGCUGUGUUGACCGUACAACCACCACUCAACAUGGGAGCAGGAGUCGGCGGAAAAGGCACGGAGCAGGUAUUCAUUCACCUCCUGAGCAGUGACCAGUUUGCCCGACGGAGGUUGAUCGAUAUUGAUUACCGAGGCGAGGACACCUAUACACAAUCGGGAGGAAUUGCUUCCGCUACGGUCACCUCGGACGGGGUUUUGGACAAGUAG